AGGGUCGGCUGUCAUUGCUUUUGGACUAUGGUUUCGGUUUGGAGGCUCCAUGAAGGAUUUCUCCUCGGAGGACAAGUCCCCAGAGUACUUCUAUGUGGGGCUGUAUGUGCUGGUUGGAGCAGGGGCCCUGAUGAUGGCCGUGGGCUUCUUCGGGUGCUGUGGGGCCACGAGGGAGUCGCAGUGUGUUCUCGGAUCUUUUUUUACCUGCCUAUUGGUGAUAUUUGCUGCUGAAAUAACCACUGGAGUAUUUGCUUUCAUAGGCAAGGAUGUAGCAAUACGACAUGUUCAGACCAUGUAUGAAGAAGCUUAUAAUGAUUACCUUAGAGACAAGGAAAAGGGAAAUGGGACUCUCAUCACCUUCCACUCAACGUUUCAGUGCUGUGGAAAGGAAAGCUCUGAACAGGUCCAACCCACCUGCCCAAAGGAGCUCCUAGGACACAAGAAUUGCAUUGAUGAAAUUGAGAGCAUAAUCAGUGUUAAGCUCCAGCUCAUCGGAAUUGUCGGUAUUGGAAUCGCAGGCCUCACGAUCUUUGGCAUGGUAUUCAGCAUGGUCCUUUGCUGUGCGAUACGAAAUUCACGAGAUGUGAUAUGAAGCUACUUCUACAUGAAAAGUGUAAUCUAGAGUAUACAAAUGUCACAGGGGCUGUCUCCUGGCUCGUCUUUAAUAUUCAAAGGACAUUAGGAUCUAAAAUAAUUUGCUGUUAAUUGUACAUUUGCACAUGUAUGUGUGUUUGGCUCAAGACUGGUUUUCACCCUUAAUGAAUGCCUAUGUAUGCUGACUGAGAGCAUGUUCAUGUGUGAUCUGCGUGUUUCUGGUAUAUGCAUAAUGAAAUCUGGUUGCUGGGAAUUCCUGAAUCUUGGUAUGUGAGCAUAUUUAACUCUAAGAAAAAGAUCAAAAAGUUUUGAAAAAAGAAACUUGGUUAUUUAGAAGAAAAAUGAUAGUAGGUCAGUUUCUCAGACUCUAGCCAUAGGAAGUAAGAUACAGAGAAUUCAGGGAUUUCUAACUUAUGGAAGCAAUAAGCCACAGAAAUUGAGAGAUCAUGGUGCAAUGAUAAAAGCAACUGUGUUUGGGUUAGGUGUAAGGGUUUCCUGGGAUUUUUUUAAAAUAUAUGUAAUCUCUCCAGAAUUUAGAAUUAAAUACACCUGUAAAACUAAAUAUAGCAUGGAAAAUCUAAUUUGAAUAAGUCAUACUUUCCUAGUAUUAAAAAAAAAAAAAACCCUCACUCUGGAAAGAGUGUCACACAGACAAUCACAUGCUCUAUAAAACCGUGUUUUCAGGACUAAAAGGAAAAUCUUUUAACAACGUUUUAAGGAAAUAUUUUUGUUCUUAUAUAAAGACAGUUAAAUAAUUUUGUUCUUAUAUAAAGACAGUUCUGACUCUUCUCUGAAUCACUGCCACCCUCACAUCCACAAAAGGGCUUUGAUCUCAAACUUUUCUGUGUUUCUUCAGAUAGAAGCAUAGAAAGACUAAAGCAAGAGAUCUGGCAGUUGCAACUUGUGGGAAAGAAAAUUUUUACUGGCACUGUAUCUUUGAAAUACCUCAUAACUUGAGUUUACAUAUUUUCCUAAUUUUUUGUAGUUUUCUUAUUUAUUCACCUAGAGAAUUCUUCUUUAUAGAUUAAGAACUACAAGUUUUCACCUCUUAAAAUAUAUCAGAGCAUCCUUAGCUAAACCAAAAUAAAGGAAAACAUCCUCUCCUAGUUUUGUGCACACAACAGAGACAAGCUAAGGAAAUAAAAAUACACACACAACAGAAACAUGUUCCUUCUGUGCAAGUCUCUUCAUAAAAAUAAAAGGUUUGUGUUCUUUAUGGUCUUGAUGCUUCAUUGUAAUCCCAAAUUUAUAAUCUAAAUUGACAUGUAUGUCCAUUUUUAACAAUUUGCUGCAUCUAGUAAAUCAUAGAUUUUUUUUUAAUUUACAUUUUAAAAGGCCACACAAAAAUGAAAGUAUGGGGGACUUUUGAAACCCUCAAAUAAGUUUAUACUUGUGUGAGAACACAAAUCUUUGGGUCUGUGUAAGGGAAAGUGUACACUUCAAGAAACUUUCAUAAAACAUUUUGCUGAAAAGGCCUAUCCAUUUGAAAUAAUCUCAUUCCCUUAGAGAACUGCGUUUCUCUUGCCAUACUUGCUACUGCUAAUAAUCAUGGAGGAAGAUUUCUAGAAAAAAAGUCCAGUUGGAGGCAAGCUGAAAAUUUAAUUGUGCAUGGUUACUUUGCUCUGUCCAUAGGUAACAAAAAGAUUAUUUUAAGAAAAUCACUUCAUGAAAUAGAUGUUUCUAUGCUGGUAGUUGAGAAAUAGAGCUCUGAAAGUAAAGAACAAGCAGUCCAUCUCUCUUGGUGGCUUUACUUCAUUUGUCUGCCUAAAGACAGGAAACAAGCCUCAGGGUAUACUUAGGUUUCUUUCAGCUCAGAUUCAACAAAAGUGAGUUUCAUUCUAUAUCUGAAUUAACCUUAAAGAAGUUUAGUUAAAAGUGGAAGAGUAGAGAUUCGUUCCAUAUAUGAUUAAAGUGCACCUUUUGGGAGUAAUUUUUCUAAAAUAUGUGCCAUGAGUGAAAGUAGAGAAUUUAACCUCUGGGUGAGAGUAGACUUAUAUACGUAUAUAUCUUGACUCUCUCUCUAUAUAUAGAAUAUAUAUGUAUAACCUGAAUAUAUGUAUACAUAUAUAAACACAUGUAUACAUAUAUGUGUACAAAUAUAUAUGCACAUAUAUAAGUUUUUGGUUAUAUUUGUUUACCUGAACUAAUAUGAGAUCAGACCCAAACAUUUUCUUAAAUGUAUGGUACCCAGACACUGAAUCAAAGCAUAUUGAUGAAAUAUUUUAAGUUAUUUCAAAUUAAAUUUUCUAUGUACU